CCAAACCAUGAACUGAAAAAUGCAAAAAAGUAGCACUGGUGACAGCAGGAUGUUCUCCAGGCAGCAGAAAAGCUUAGGAAGAGCCUAUAGAAGUGCCAAGCUUUCCGAUUGAAGGACAAGGAGCAGACAGCCCAGCACCCAGGAGAGCUAGCAAGAAACCGGCUUGGAAAUGGGAGGAAGAAAAUCGGUCUCUUGCAAUAAACAAAGGAAAAGAAGUCGCAAGAUGAGACGCACUACGUGCAGCCAAGAGUGCGUGUAGGGUGAUGGAAAGGUCACUGGCGAAAUAGGACAAAGCGGUGACAUUUGGUCCUCCCACAGUCACAGUGCAUGGAAAUGCAUAGGAAAAAAAGCCAGUGCAUUCUGGUCAAGAGAGUAGAGUGCUUUACAGAGGAGAGAUGGGCAUUGUGCAUGUCAGCAUGCGCUGAUCCAGCGUUUUCAUUUCUUUUAAAGCCCUCAGCCGCAUAGAAAACAAAGUGAAUAAAUUCCGGAUGGAAAAACAGGCUGCUUAGCAGUGACGUGGAUGAAAGAAACAAAAAGCUCCAGCAGCUUGUAGUGGGAAAACUGCAAACAAUUGCUGGAUGGUGCCUUUUUACAGGGCAUUUUAUCACACUCCAGGUGCCGCAGCUUGAGCCUUCAGUCAGGUGGGCUUGCUUAUGCUUGAAGAACCCAUGGUAUGUAUGAUCUGUGUUUAUAGAAGUGGAGGUAACUUUGCAGUUUCAAACCUACACACUGCAUUAGUCCCAAAACAUGUCAUCAGUAUGAAAGAAUGUGCAUACAUCCCCAGUUCGAUGCAGCUGAUAAGAGUGAUGGGACGCGGUAUUUCUCCCACAAUUGUUAACAUGUACAGAAGCACAUAACGCCGAUGGGCCCUCUGCAGACCUCCUAUCCUUCCUAGGAAAUGUGCUCUUGUGGAUUUAAAGAAAUCAUACCUUUACUUACAGCAAAUGUAAGAACAAAAUGGCCUAUCCAAAACGUCUACGGAGUGCAAAGUUAGUUUUAUCUGAGCUUUCUGCUCUGCUGCAAAAUCUAAUAGUGUUUCCAUUGGAACUGAAAUGUCCCCUGGGUGCUUAAUUAACAAGUUCAGAAACGUCCAUUAGCAACUCGGGUGAUAAUGAAGGCAUUACUGAUUUUUGCAGCUAAUUAUUUUCAGGGGCAUCUCCUCACACAAGAUUCAGUACCAAUGGACAGCCCCACCCACUCACACAGUGACUGUUCACUUUGGAGGCCAACUACACAAUGAAUUUCUCCAUGGAUUUUCAGAAGAAAUCUUGUAGAUUUGAAAAGCUGCAAGUGUUCGAAAGUUGAAAAUGAACAUAAAUGCACGAAUGCUUAUAUAAAUGCGGCAGUCAGUUUUUCAUCUCUAUCAGCAACUGUUUAGGUGAUCUACUUAGACACAGCUCAGGUGCAAGUAAUCACCAUCCAAAGAAGAGAGAUGGUUAAUGCAAUGGAACAGAGUUAGAGGACAAAUGCAUCAAACUCUUCCACCCUUGAGAAGCAAUAUAACACAUGUCCAAAGACAUGUGUUUUUUUCUUACUGUGUAGAUAGAGUGAAGAGUUACGCUGUCCUGUUCAGAGGAGAUAAACCCUCACUACAGUCUGAUAUUUGAACUUUAACAUGUGAAAAUGCAUUUUCUCUUCAGAAGAAAUUUUAAAGAAUUUCCAGUGGAAGCAAAUGCAGUCAGAGUAGAAAUUAGUAUCAAAUAACAACCCAAAGAAGAUGAUUACAAUGGCCUGAACAAGGCAGCUGGGUAAUGGCAACCAGCUGAGAAAAAGAGAUCUGGGAGAAAUGAGUGCUGAUGUUCAAACUGCCUCACCCAGUAAGUGAAAGGGUAAGUCAGCCUGUGCUCCUGGUAGAGGUAUGGCUCUAUCAGAAGGCACAGCAGAGAUGGUUCUGGGUGCUGAGAUGUCUUAUUGCAGAUGCUUUGUUCACAGUGGUGUGUGCAGGGCUGGAUGACGUGCUGCUCUUCUCAGCUAUCACUUUGUUCUACUGCUGUUCUACUUUUCUCAGCCCAUUUCUCGUUUUCACUGUUCAUCUCAGCUUUCUCUAAAUGUUAUGACAGCGAUUACCCUGUGAAACCAGGAAGUUAUGAAAAGUCAUUGCUAUUUUAAUGAAAGGAAAGGAAUAAUUUCUUUGAUUAUUUUAAAAGCCUUUGCUCUUUUCAGUUCAAAUUCCCUUAUUCUGAAGUUCUGCUGAGCCCUGACAGCUAGCAAUUACAGGUGUCCACAGUCAUUAGUGGCACUAUGCCUACUGUGCUAUCAUCAUAAUCCAGAGCAUUACGUUAAAAUGAUUCUUCAUGAUUCCUAACCUGACUCUGUAGCCUUUGAAGCAGCCUGUUUCCUCCCAUACAGAGAACAUCAGUGCUAAUAUAACUAAGUUUAAUCCCAUUAAAAGCAGUGGUGCUAUUUCUACUAGAGCACACUUACAUGAGAAACAGAAGAUUGUGAGGAACGACCAGGAUACAGUCAAAUUCCGUCAAACUUUUUACCCAAUGAAGAAACACUUUCUAGAGGCAGCAGAAUCGUCCUGUUUAUUGAAGGAACCUCCCUCCUGCAGGGCCGUACCUUGGGUUAUUUCACACCACCUCACAUCCCUCAAUGUGCAGAGAUUAUUCUUCUGGGGAAUUCCCUUGACAAUCAUUCUGUAGCCAUAUGUAGGGGUCAGAAUAUUUCCUGUUUUCUUAAUUUCUCAAGGGAUGAUAAACCAAGCCUGCCUUUGUUGAUGACCCCACUUAUAUUUUUAUGACUGCUGUAAUGUUAACGGAUAACUGGUAAAAUGGGAUUCGGUUCCUGCCAUUUAGGAACAAACUAACAUCGAGAAACCGGAUUGUGGCCGUCCUAACUCGGGUUUCACUCACUCGCGGGUGGCCGCAAUUGGAAUCUUAAUUUAAACAAAACUUCGGGGAGUUUCCUUCUGUGACUGACUUUCGGACAUUCACACCCGUAAGGCAAAAGUUCAGAACUGCGACCCGGAGAAACAAACCCACAAGCAGAAGGCGCAGCAGACAGAACAGCGACUCUCUGAGCGACGCAGCGGGGCCAUCCGGGGGCUGUGGGCCACCUGGGCUCUCUGGAGCCCGGCAGCCAGAAGGGGAGGCGCUGGACCGCAGCUCGGAGCCCGCUGUCCCCGCCGCCCCCCUCGCUAUGCCCUCGCAGCGCGGCUCGGAGCGGAGGAGGCAGCGCUGCGUGCUGCUGGCCGGCAUCGCCUUCCUGCUGAUCGCCCUUGUCCUGGCCGCAGUGCUGGCCUCCAUGCUCACAGGGAGCAAAGAAGAGAAGAGCCCGGAGCUGCUGAGGUGGCAGGGCAGGGGGACGACCAGGAACCUGCGGGAGAUUGUCCUUGGGAGAUGCUACAGCUACCUUGCCGAGGGGCACGUGGAGCUGGGAGACAGGGAUUGCCUUAAAAUAUGGGAAUCGUUGAAAGCAGCAUUCAUUCACAAGAAUCCCUGUAAUUCUACAACAGAAGAUUAUCAGCCUUUAAUGGAGUUAGCAAGUCAUCCAGUACCCUGCAACAAGUCACUGUUUUGGAGCAGGACGUAUGAUCUCGUUCAUCUUUAUUCGAAAUCCAAUCGUCAAUUCCUUACCUUGGAGGACACGUUCCUGGGUUAUAUGCUUGAUGGGCUUUCAUGGUGUGGAGACCCCUCAGCUCCAGGAAUCAACUACGAAUCUUGUCCAAAAUGGAGUGAAUGUGAGGGCAGUUCUGUCUCUGUAUUCUGGAAAAUGGCAUCCAAGAUGUUUGCAGAAGCAGCAUGCGGUGUGGUUCAUGUGAUGCUCAAUGGAUCAAUAGAAGCGGGAGCUUUCAGAAGCAGCAGUAUUUUUGGAAGUGUUGAGGUCUUUAACUUAAAUCCAGAUAAAGUUUCUGAAUUACGUAUUUGGCUUAUGCAUGACAUCGGUGGACCCCAAAGCGAUUCCUGCUCAGGCCAUUCCAUAAUGAAGUUAAGAAGCAUCUUAGAAAAACGAAAUGUUAAGAUCACCUGUGAAGACAAUUACAGGCCAGUCCAGCUCCUUCAAUGUGCACACAAUCCUGACCACCCAGACUGCAGUUUUUGCACCAGCAGCACAGAAGCUCCUUGAAACAGAGUGCUCCACGCUAUAUAAGACUUUAUUUGUGCUCAAAACUGAAAAGGACAUGGCUACGUAGCUUACUGUGAUAAAUAGCACCAUGGUUGUACACAGCCAAUAACCCAGAAUUCUUGCCGUGAUACUAACAGCCAAGUGGCAGGAGGUGGUAUUUUAGCUGCAAUUCCUGUACACAAGCAAACAAGCAUGCUGUUUCAGAAGGUCCAAAGGCAUGUUCAAUAAUUGAGGAUAAAAGAUUUGUUCUGGUUUGUUCCUCCAUACGUAGCUACUGUUGUUCAUAGAGCAUCAGCGCAGGGGCUGCCUUGGGCAUGCACAAAGAAAGUUGCCAGUGGAGACAGCUUGCUAUGAUCUGUGUGCUGCUUCAGAAGGGCUGGAAGGGAAAUUCCCUGAGCAGGGAAUAUUGCCCAUUGGCAUAUGUUAUAGACACCCAUGUUUUAUACAGAGUAGAGGAGUCUGUGAGGAAGACCUGGGGUUUCUCCCCCUGUAGCUGUAUCUGAAGGUUGGAUGUUUUGUUUAUUGGGCAGUACCUUUGAGUCAGGCAGAGCCAGGCAAGGCCCUGACCCUUUCUCUCACGGACUGUGGCACCUCUGAGCAGGCAAAGCAAGUAUUGGAAGAAGUAGAGCACUUCUUACCUCCUAGUGAGUAAGCUGGUUAGGAAAUGGCAGAGCUAAGCAAAGAAGAGACCAGAAACUGCUCAAAGCAUUGCCAGCAUCUGUAAGAAUGCAUUUAGUGGGUAGCUUGGAAGAGAAAAUAACAAGACUGACUCAAGCAUUCCUGUUAAAAUCCUUCUGGAAUCAUAGUUGUAGCUCGGAUAGCAUUUUAUUAAUAUAGCAAUAAGUGUAAGCCUUCCAGCUUUCAGGCCAGAUCUUGGCCAUCCACUGGCAUCGAGACAAACAUCCAGAGGCUGCUGCAGUGGGAGCCUCUCCUGACCCCAGCUGUGGAGGAGAGGUGAUGCCUUGCUGUGUGUGACUCCCAAGCAGCACACAGAAGGUUGUAGUGCCAUGCAUUUUAGUAACCGUGCAAGCUGGUACAACUUCAGGCAUCUCUAGAUGGACCUUUGCUCUGUAAUAUGGGGUUUUGUACUGGGUGUAGGUUGGCCGCACCCAAGACUUCACCUAUAAUGUUUACAUGAAUUACAUGGGUUUUUUUUAUAUGUGUAGUCUGUAAUGUAACGAUUAGCUGCAUUGUCUCAGAUGCAUAUUAAUGUUUUUAAAUAGGCUAUUUCUGAAUGUAAGCCAAUAAUUUGUCUUCAUGCUCACUUUUGUACUUUUUCUGGUGUAAUAAUAAAAUGUUGGCUGUCCAAUCAAGGUCUCUAACAAAAUUGA